AUGGCUAGUUUUAGUACUUUCCUAACGACGGUCUAUAGACGACUCGAAGAGAUCAACCAUUUCGAGGUUUACGCGAACAAUACUACACAUUCUCUGCAUAAUGACUACGUUCACAAGUUUGUUGCUUUGAUUUUGUGGCGAAUUUCACGAAAAAAGAAGUUUGCGUUACCUUUUGAAAAAAUCGAUGAUCACAUUGGAUCAACACUGGUUUUACAACGUAUUUGGUAUCACUCGAUAAGCAUUUCAAUCGUUUACUUCAUCUUGAUAAAACUCAUUCAACGAUUCAUGCAAAAUCGACCACCGUUCCAAUUGAAAACACCACUUCUCGUAUGGAACGCCUCACUUUCAAUCUUCAGCUUCUUCGGAUUCAUUCGAUUCUUUGAGGAGCUAGUAUAUAGUUAUACUCAAUUAGGACUGUAUCAUUCGCUAUGUUAUACGAUACAUACGAAUGGUGCAGCAGCAUUCUGGUCACUUUUGUUUGCGAUUUCGAAAAUUGUCGAACUCGGUGAUACGUUAUUCAUCGUGUUGAGGAAGAAGCCGCUCAUAUUCUUACACUAUUACCAUCAUGUCGCUGUUCUCAUUCUAACGGCACACUCUGGAGCUGAACACGCAGCAUCAGGACGUUUCUUUGUCUGCAUGAAUUUCUUUGUGCAUUUCAUUAUGUACGCUUAUUAUGCCUGUACUGCAUAUGGCGUCCGACCUUCAAGAUCUAUAGCAAUGUCGCUCACCACCUUACAAAUAAUUCAGAUGAUCGGUGGUGUUACUGUCACAUCGCUCGUUUAUAAUAUUAAAACUCGCACUGAUCUUCCGUAUGUUCUCUUGUUUGAUCCAUUGUCAGCAAAUAGAUUCUGUCAUAUCGUAAUUGCAGAAGCUGUUGAGCUGUAA